AUGGGACCUGCGUCUUUACAGUAGCACACGUUACCUAGCUGAAGAUUUUUGGCUACAAAAAGGGGGAUUUUUUUUUUUUUUUUUAUCAUUUAUGGAUUAUUUAAUUGCAACUGGCAUCUUUACUCUGCCAUUCCUUAUUGCAGAUGAUCACGCCCCUACCCCCUAGAAGAAGGGGUUUUCCGCAUGGUAUUUACUUUCUUUUUGUGUCGAAGGUAGACUCGCUUGGGACGAUAAAGACAUGCUUCGCAGAUCUCGCAAAAAACGUAAAUUUUAAUGAUUCAAAAUGGAAGAUCUGGAAAAUGCCAUACCCCGGUUGGAGGAAUUUCUUUGCCCGAAUGUUGCUUGGCUGCUGGAGACCGUGCAAAAUCUUCUUCCUGGUGCAGACUUAAGCCACGCAUUUCAGAUGACAGAUGACAGAGGAAAGGUCUCCUCCAUUAUCCAACAAGUGAGGAGAUUCCACACUGCACAAUGGAGGGAGCUUAUAGACUACAUCUGCAUGUACUGUCAACUUCCUCUGGAUCUGGAGGCGCAGCUCAUCAGCCUGGCUGGAGGAUCAAGCGAAAAUAGUUGGAAUGGUUCAUUUUCAAAUGAAGACAGUAGACAACGAAGCAUACAAGAGUCAGCAACACGAUACAGAGAACAGAUAAGACAGUCUAUCCUUCAAACGUAUGGAUUUAGGGACAAGGGAGACCCCAGAAGCUCUUGCAAUCCAAUGUUUGUUGAACCACUAAUUAAGAUUAUAAAGGUCAGGCAAAGAAGUCGAGCUGAUCAGACCCCGGAGGCUUCCAGCGCAGAAGAAAUAAAGAAUCUGUUUCUGAAGACCAAUCCUACGCAAACACAUGUUAUUUUACUGACCGGAAUGCCAGGAACUGGUAAGACGAUGAUGGCUCACAGGAUCUGCUACCAGUGGGCACUAGGAGAGUUCAGCCAGUAUACAUUAACUUUUCUUUUUGAAUUCCGCCAGCUGAAUCGGAUCAGUAGACAUUUUACGCUCAGGGAGCUUUUGUUCAACUUGUUUUUGAUGCCAGAACUGUAUUUGGAAGAAGUGUAUGAAUUUGUAAUCCAGAAUCCACAUAGGGUCCUUAUCAUAUUUGACGGACUGGAUGAGUUUGGAGGACAGUUCACAGCCAGUCCACCGAACUUUGCACUUGACGUUGACCAGAUGACGUCCAUUUCUCAUUUGUACACAUGCAUUCUUUUUGGGAAAGUCCUGCAAGGUUGUACGAUAAUAGUCACUUGCAGAUCGAAACUAUUUAACAGUCUUCCUCUCGACUACAUUGACGACAUUGCUGAGGUUUUGGGAUUCAAUAAAGAAAAAAUUGUACAAUACGUCGACGACUUUUGUAGCACAAAUGCACUAAAAGAUGACAUUUUACUUUAUUUAGGAGAGAAUAGCAAGUUGAUGCACUUGUGUUUUGUUCCCGCUUUGUGUCACAUUGUAUGUGUUUGCCUGGAGCACCUUUUCAACGCAUCUGUGCGGUCAGGUCUUCCUCAGACAAUUACACAGUUUUAUAUGGAAAUGCUAAAGAUUUUCAUUCAGAAAAGACAGACGUCUCAGACAGAUGAGGCAACGAUGCUGAAUCCACUUCGGUCUCGGAUCUUUGAAUUAGCGCAUUUAGCACAUAACGGACUUGAUCAGAACAAAACCAUCUUUUACUCUGGGGAAAUUUCAGAAGAGAUAAAAGUCUUUGCUGCAACCCACGGACUGCUGUCAGUCUUUGAGGUCAAGAAAUUUGACAGUACCACAGGCUUGGGUUAUUCCUUUGUGCACCUUAGUUCUCAAGAGUUUUUUGCUGCUUUAUACUUGAUCAUGGAUGAGACGGUAACGCCAUCCUCACUACAUAAAAGACUUAGUCUAAAAUCCAAGUGGAAUUUAAAAUUUAAGACAAAGGAAGAACUUACAGAUCAGUUUCAUAUAUUCCUUUCUGGGCUGUCAUCCAAAGAUUGUCGACCGUUUCUUCUCAAGUUGUCAGAACACAGUGAAAAUUCGAUCCAAAAGAAACAAGAAACCAUUCUAGAAUCUCUAGUGAAAUUGGCAGACACCCAACUCACGGGGCCCAAGCUGAUCGAAUUGUGUCACUGCAUUUAUGAAACUCAGGAUCAAAAAUUAGCAAAGCGCGUCGGGAAGGAUUUGGCCCACAAGUACGGACUGAAAAAUUUCAGGAUCACCCCAGUAGAUAUGACAGCUGUGGCGUUUGUGGUUAAACAUGGAUCAUGCCUGGUUUCCUUAGAUUUUGCAGGAUGCCCUAUGGAGCUGGAAUGCUUGGAAGUCCUAGGAUCAUGUGAAAAUGUGGAAAGCCUAAGUUUCAAAAGCAAAAAAUAUGGCGGUACAUUUGCAGAAGCACUUUCCCCAGUGAUAGCUGGUAUGAAAUAUCUGAGGAGGAUCAGACUGAUGGCGGGAUGUCUGACAACCAGUGUUAUUGAAGCUCUAAGAAGAUCUUUCCCCUGCUGCCUCGCUCUGCAAGAAAUCAACUUGGAAGGUAACCAUCUGAAACUUAAGGACAUGGUCAUGCUGAUUGAAUUGUUUUCUGGGAUGGAUCAGUUAAAGCAUUUAGACCUAAGCAACAGUGAGUUAAAUGCGAUGAAUAUUCUGUCACUGGUAAAGUCAGCUGUUACACAUCACAAUAUCAGAGAUAUACAGAUAACGGGGGACACUUCUACAGCUGUCUUCUCCACAGUGUAUUGCACACCACAGAGUUGCAGCUCUCCUCCGGCCAAGAAGGCUCGAAAUGAAACUACUGAGAAGAACGAGAUACGACUAAGUCUUCAAAACUGUAACCUCACUGGCAAAAACUUUCCUCAGCUGAUUCGCAUCCUUACUAAAUUACAUCUCUCCUACUUGAAUUUAUCCGGAAAUCCUCUUGGAGAUGGUGGAUGUAAGAAGCUAAUUAAAGCCCUGCCUAAACUGCAUAUUGCUGGAGAACUAAAUCUCAGCAAAACACGGAUAUCAGAAGAAGGAGUAUUACAUCUCACCUCUUCCAUGCAAUCCUGUCCCCACAUAAAACAAAUACUUGCCAGCAGUUUCAACCAAACAGCAGUUCUUCAUUUCAUUACUUCUAAUGAUGACCAAAGAGAUAUUAGGAUCAACGGCUUCACAUUAAAUCAGAAACACCUUGAAAAACUGUGCAAAGUCCUCCAGCAGUACAGCCAACUAACAAAUUUGGAUUUAUCUGAGAAUCAUUUGGAAAAUGUGGGAAUUAGCCAGUUGACCCAGGUCCUUCCUCACCUAAAAUCACUACACUCAGCCAAUCUGAGCGGUAAUAACAUCUCCCUGGGUGGAAUUCUGUCCCUGAUUAAGGUUUUGUCUUCUUUAGAGAAUCUGACUGAUGUAGACAUCAGCUUUGGAAAUCCCCAGAAAGUGAUGUUAGUAUUCCAGGAAAUGAAAAGGGAAGCGUCUUUCUCAUCUCAAGAAGAAAAGAAACCUUUAAAAUCAUUCAGUCUUACAGAGUACCGCAUGACUUCCUCAAAAUUGCAGAGGAUCCUACGACUUCUGAAACAAUGUCCUGAUCUCACACAGAUAAAUCUAUCUAUGAAUGCACUGAGCUACAAAAUGAUAUCACACUUGCUGGAAUACUUGCCACAGCUUUCCAAUCUGAUUCUGCUCAACAUCAGUAAAAGUGACCUAUCACCCAACUGUGUUUCCUUAUUGGCUGAUUCCAUCAACCUCUGUCGCCGGAUUACCGAAGUUGAUAUAAGGUCAGCUGAUAACAUCCACUUACAUUUACAGAGGCAGCCUAUAGCUGACAAGGUCACCUGCAGAUUAAACAGCUGUAGGAUUGGGAAGCUUGACGCGGCUCCGCUCAUGAAAGUAUUGAUCCAGAAUCCUAAUCUGCUGGAAGUCAGCAUGUGCAUGAAUCAUCUCUCAGAAGAUGGCAUCUUUGUGUUGCUGGCUUUCCUUCGUUCCUGCACACGUGUUACGCAUAUCACUGCCUGUUUAAAUCCCACAGAAACUAUCCAUGUAGUAUUUUCAUCUUGUGGAGGCUCACUGAAGACUAUAAGAUUAGUUGAAUGCAGAUUUCAGGCAGAACACAUUAAGAAGCUCUGCGGUUUUGUGCAAAGUAGCGAUAAUGUGACACAGCUGAAAUUAAAGAACAACAAUAUUUCUGUGCAAGGUGUAAGUGAUGUUUUACUGGCCAUGUCCCAAAUGCCUCAUGAGUCUAAAAUAAGUAUUGAAGAACUUUGGAUGGAAGGAGAGAAUUUCAAUUCACUUGUCCUGCUGACUACACAGACCCUCACACAUAUGAAAACUUUAAGCUUUCUGAAAAAUAAAGUAAUCAUUGAAUUCCAUGGUUGUACAGAGCACCAAGAUGGCAGUUUUCCAGGACUGAAGUCAUUAAGGUUCAGUAAAGCAGACAUGCAAAGUGUGUCUUUUCUACACUCACUUCUUAGCGUUCAUGGCCCCUGUCUUAUCGAGCUGGAUGUAUCCAACACCAGCCUAGGUGAUAUAGGAGUCCAAGCUGUAGCAGGAUUUCUGACUUCAAUGCCCUCCUUACUGACAAUAAAGUUGGCACAUGUAAACAUGUCCCACAUUGGAGUGACUUUAUUGGCAGAAAGCAUUAGAUUCUGCAAUUCCAUUUUAAACAUCAUGAUAUCUGGUAAUGACAUUGGUGAAGAGGGGGCUUUAGCCAUUAAAAAUUUACUGACUCAAAAGAGGAAUUUCAAAGCCAUAAAUGUAUCUGGUUGCUUCGUGGGAACUACUGAUGGAGGAAGACAGUUUCUUGCAGAACUAUCCAAGUGUCCAGAACUUCAGGAAAUACACUUGAUGUCUAUGUCACUGGAUGACGCCUCUCUCCUUACAUUGUCCCAGGGAUUAGCGCAAAUGACUUCUGUGAAGAUACUAAUGCUCGGAAACAACAAAAUAACACCUAUAGGUAUUCAGCAUCUAGCAGACAGUUUGGUUCACUGUCCAGAAAUGGAAGCCUUAGAUUUAAGUUGCAAUAGCAUUGAGGAUGCGGGUGCAGACAGGCUUGCUGCAGUGCUGCCCAGGCUAAAACAAUUGAAGAAAAUCAGUAUUUCCCAGAGUAAAAUCAGCUCACUAGGAGGUUUAACAAUUAUCAAAGCAAUUGGACAGUGUCAGUUCAUGGAAGACAUCAAGCUACAGUCUUGUGGUCUCGAGGAUGUACCCGGAGAUCACUUUGUGGAUGCUUUGGACUCUUGUCGCAGGAUUGAACACAUCAGCUUAUCAGAAAACAAAUUUGAGCAGCACAACUUUCUGAAACUUAUGGAAGGAGUUCAGCAUUUUACAUUUCUCAGGACAAUUCACUUAAAAGUAUGUGGGGUAUCUGACAGUGUCUGCAAACCAUUGGCCAAAGCAUUUGGAUGCAUCAAGAGCGUGGAAGAAAUCGUAUUAUCAUGGAACAGUAUUAGUGAUGAAGGCUCCUGUGCACUUGCUAGUGUAUUUAAACAAAUGAGAAACCUGAAGAUAUUGGAUCUUGAACAAAACAAGAUCAAGGAUAAAGGUGUAGAAGCAAUGGCUCAGGCUUUGAGCAUCUGUCCCUUCAUUAAGGUUAUACGAUUAUGGGGCAAUCCUGUCUCCAGAUUGACAAAAGAGAAGCUGCAGAAACAAGAUCCCAGAUUAAACUUCUCAGUCUGAGUUCUGUAUUAGUAAAGACUUUUCUUCAGUCUACAGUUCUAUACAAUAAAUAACAUUUUCAUAUUC